AUGCCUAUACGACCAGGGUUCGGCACUCUGGGAGACGCCAAAGUGGUGAACGCUAACUUUUUCGCCGUCAAAAUGACGAAGCGGACAAUACAUGACUACAAGGUGAUAAUCAAGCAGAAAGGAGGAGACGAGUGGCAAGGCAAGUCUGGUAGAGGACGCGGCGCCGGAAGAGGGCGAGGCGCUGGCCGGGGGCGAGGAAGCACUCGCGCGCCUGCAGGCGGCACGGGCACUGGGGGAGACGACGACGAGUCGGAUGGUCCUGGCCGUCAAAUCAAGGCUCGAAUAUUCCAGAUUCUUGAAGGACACCCGCAGUAUGUGCAGUAUGCACAUCAUAUCGCUCACGACAGGAGCCAAAGGAUCGUCUCCGCUGUGGAGCUCCCACAACCGCUACAGAUCGAGGUGCAGUACACGGAAGAAGGAGAAACCGUCCCUCGUUCGAACCCUCGCGUUUAUACCGUCGACGUCAAGUACCAACGAGAACUCACCACCGAUGAAUUGAACCAGUAUAUGAACGGCGAUGCCGACAGAACAAGCGAUGACUUUCCUCUACUCAUUUCUGCCUUGGACCUCAUCAUGCAACACCAUGCUGCGAACGUAGGCGUUCGCUUCGGCAGAAAUCGCUACUUCUUCAACUCAUUAGGUCCUCAACCCCUCGGCCUUGGCCUGGAGGCGUGGAGGGGGUUCUUCGUCUCUGUUCGUCCGAUGUACAAGCAGCUCAUGGUCAACGUCAAUGUGUGUAUGAGCGCAUUCUAUACACCGGGAAACCUAGCAGAUACCAUGACUGCGUUCCAGUCGCGGACAUCCGGCGGUAUGCCCGCCGCGUUUGUUGACAAGUUGAAGGUCGCAACCACAUACCUUGGCUACACCAAGAAGAAAGCCAUUCUCCGCAUCACGGGAGAAACUCCUCGGCAGGCCAAGUUCGAUUGCGAGGAAAUGGGAGGUACAGUGACUGUCGAGGAGUAUUUCAGACGUAAAUACAAUAUACGUCUUACGCGUCUUGACCUUCCCGUCGUCGACAUUGGGAGCAGUGGCAAGCGUGUCUUGGUCCCACCGGAGCUCUGCAAUAUAUAUUCGGGGCAGCCGUAUGCUAAUCAGCUUGGCAAGGACGAGACGAAGACCAUGAUCAAUAUCGCGUGUCGAUCGCCACAAGAGAAUGCGGCCACUAUCCGUGAUCAAGGUUUCAGCAGCCUCGGUCUACUCUCUGACACACCCACGGACACUCUCACUGCGUUCGGUAUGUCCGUAGAACGCGAUAUGACAAGCAUACACAGUCGUAUCCUGCCAGCGGCCAAUAUCGCCUACCGCUCUGGCCCGGUCACUCCGCGCGAGGGCAGUUGGAACCUGAUAAAAACCAAGUUUCAAGCUGGUGGCGUCGCGUCAAAAUGGGCGGUGUUGCUGGUUCAGCAGGGAAACCACGUCGAAUUCACUGGGCGCAGUGAUCAGCGGCUUAUCAGACUCUUGGGUGCUUUUGCAAGGAUCUGCAAGGAAUGUGGCGUGGCUAUACCUGCUCGUCCAUCGAUCAUCAUGGAGACUGGGGGACUACCACGGAUGGAUAACGAGCAAAACAGGAGUCGUGCGAUGGAACAAAUCGACCGGGUCUUCACUCAGAACCGUAUAGACCGCGAUAAGCCAAGCUUCGUACUGGUUCUAUUGCCAACAGUCGACAGAUUCCUGUACCCUGGGAUCAAGUGCCUCGGCGAUGUGAAAUAUGGAUUCCACACCGUUCACAUGGUGCUCAAUGAGAGGACCUGUCUUGACACACGGAAACAGGCGCAAUACUUUGCGAACGUCGCGCUCAAGGUCAAUAUCAAGCUAGGCGGUGUCAAUCACGUAUUGCACGAUAAAGAUGCGCUCUGGCUGAACGCGAUGGACACGAUGGUGGUUGGGAUCGACGUGACCCAUCCUGGUCACAACAGCCCGAGGGGAACACCAUCCAUAGCCGCUGUCGUCGCGAGCAUCGAUAAGCGCUUCGUUCAUUACCCAGCCAGUCUCUCGCUUCAGAAGCCGAAUGAGAAUAAGGAGGCUAAAGAGAUGGUGGAGAACCUGACGGAUAUGAUGGUCGAGCGUUUGAAUAUCUGGAAGGAGAAGAACAAGUCGCUUCCCGAGCGCAUUCUCAUAUACCGGGACGGUGUCUCCGAGGGUCAAUAUCAACUUGUGUUGAGAUACGAGCUACCGCAGAUUCGCGAAGCGUUCAAACGUGUCUCUCCUAAAGCUGCCUACCGUCCCAAACUUACUAUCGCUGUCUGCGGCAAACGGCACCACGCUCGCCCCUACCCAAGGACGUGGAAGACUGAGAAUCGUAACACACUGCCAGGCACGGUCAUCGAUCAGGGAAUUACCGACAUCUACGGGUUUGAUUUCUACUUGCAGGCUCACAAAGGCCUGAAGGGCUCGGCGCGCCCGACCCAUUACUAUAUCGUAUACGACGACUUCCACUACGACGCCGACACUUUUCAGCAGGGCACUCACACGGCUAGCUACCUCUAUGCCCGUGCUACGAAGGCCGUCAGUCUCGUGCCGCCAGCGUACUAUGCCGAUUUGGCGUGUGACAGGGCGAGGUUCUACCUGAACGAUCUGCUGAAUGCCAGCGCGCCGCGUAGUCGCGGUAAGCCGACACAGGAAGAGCAAGAGCGCGUUUUCCAGCAGGCGAAGCAGGAUUGGGGUAAUGGGAUUCAUCCCGAUCUACGAAGAUCCAUGUUCUACAUUUAG